UAUUUUGUCUAAAGAAACUAUAAACCCUAAACCAAAUUAAGAGAACAAAAGAAAGCCGUGUUUGACAAGAUGCUAAAGCUUCGUAGCUUCUGCAAUGGCGUCCAACCACUCUACUUCAUCCAGUCUUUCCGCCAUUUUCAACUGUUUUCAACUUCAACCUCAAACAACCAAGAGUUUGUCAAUUAUUUAGUAGAAUCUCUAGGUUUUUCCAGCGGACAAGCUCUCUCUAUUUCCACCAAAUUAGCUCGCAAUCGUCAAACUAGAGGUGCAAAAAAUUUCAAUGACUUCAAUAUGUGUAAAAAUGCUGAUUCAGUUGUUGCUUAUUAUACACAAAUUGGUGUUGAAUUAUUGCAUAUAAAAAAUACAAUUUGUUCUGUGCCUGACAUUUUGCUAGCCAAAGUCGACAAAAACCUAAAACCUAAGACUGAAUAUUUUAUUAGUUUGGGUUUUUCUGGGUCUGAUUUUGUUGGUUUGAUCAAGACGAAUCCUCGUGUACUUUUCCAUGGAUUAAAUACUGCCAUUAUUCCCUCAAUUCAAGCAUUAAAGGAAAUAAUGGGUAAUGAUUAUGAAGUGAGUUUAAUUUUAAAGAAAUCGCGUCAAUUUAGGCUUAAUAGUGUUUCCAAAACUUUGGUGCCAAAUGUAGCUUUGUUAAGGAAUUAUGGGAUCAACAUUGAUUUGAUUAGAAGACAAAUAUUAAAGGUAGCAUACCCAUUUUUCCGAAAUACCAAAUUUUUUGAGGAUGCAGUGGCUAGAGUUGAAAAUAAAAUGGGGAUUUCUAGAAAUUCUCCAAAAUUCAUGUUGGGAGUUCAUUUAUUAAACUGCAUUUCGGUGGAGAAAUUCGAGUCGAAAAUACAGAUUUUUAAAAACUUUGGGUGGACAGAGCUGGAUAUUGUAACCCUUUGUAGGAAUGCUCCUUUAACGUUUGCACUUUCUGAAGCUCUGAUCAAGAUUAAGUUGGAUUUUUUCAUGACUAAGCUUGGUUAUGAGUCGAAGGACUUUAGUAAGAAGUUUUUUAUUUUAGGAUUGAGCUUGGACAAGAGAAUAGUACCUAGGCACAAGUUCCUUGUAGUCUUAAAGGAGAAAGGUUUCAUUAAAGAGUACUAUUUUUAUAGUGCCAUGUUAUAUACUGAGUCCAACUUUGUGAAAAAGUUUGUGCUACCGUUCAAGGAAGUCCAUGAAGUUUAUUGCAAACAAGCAGAUAUGAGUUUGGAGACGUUAACUGUGGAAUUGUCAAAACUGAAUUCUGAUGCUGUUUGAUGGUAGCCAAAAGUGAACUCAAACAAUUCAUAAAGGAUCUUAUAAGGAAGUUGAUUCUCUAGUAAAGUGAGAUCGUGUCUAAUUUCAAAAGAUGUUCGUGUGCUUUGAAAUAUGAAAUCGGUUGCAGGUUCCCAUUGAGAAUAAGCUUCUUGAAUGAAUUCAUACAUUCCGUCAAAGCCAACCACUGCAGAAUUCUUGUUUUCAGACUUCUUGAAGAGCUUACGAAACCUUUUGGAAGGUACUUGAUCAUAUCAGAUGCUCUUGUUGUUCUUGUCGCAUUUGUAGUUAGAAUUCGUUCUUUUUUUCUUGUAGGCUCAUUAUCUAAUUUCGACAACCUAAGUAUCUUCCUACAUAGGUACUCAACUAUAAAGUACCCGUCAAUAAGUUUGUUUUGACGAACUCGUCUUCACUUUUUUUCGAGCUUCAUGGACUAAACCUUUCAUUAAAGUGAUAUAAGCUUCCAUCUCUGUUUCUUCGAUGUACUCGAUUGAUACAGGUGUUUCAAUUAUGCCAUUCUUUGUUCUGCAAUGACGCUACGACGCAUCAAACUAUAAGCGGAAAAACUUUCUUGUAACCUAGUCAUUUUUUUUUUGAUAUUAUGUAUUUUCCCUAAAAUAUGAACACUUAGAAAUUCAUUAACUAAAACUGAUGUCAUAAGGUCUUAAACUUGUAAUCUUAGACUCAUCUCAUGAGCUACAAGAUUUUAAUGAUAAGAAACUCAUUUGGUUCUUUAUAAGUUACUUUUUUAUUUAGUUAUUUAAUUCAAAACAUCAUAGAAGUACUUUCUAAUGAACUUUAUAUCUCUUAGUUGUUCAUAUUUUUUAAAUUUUAUAUAUUUUUUAUGGUUAUAUUUAAAAAAAAAGUGUAAACUUUUAAAAUUCAAAACCUUAUUACUCUGUAUUAAAAUUUUACUUUCAACCAUUAAAUCAACUCCGUUAAAAUACAAUUGUUGUUUUGCUUGUGGUUUCAACUACUAGACGAGUCUAUAAUUUUCGGAGAAUAUGUGAUUGUUGUUUUGCCGGUGAGUUGUGACUUUUCUUUUUAACUCAUUUUUUUACGCUUUUUUUAAUUUAUUUAUUUGUCAUUCCGCAAAGAAGAAUAUGUGAUUGUUAUUUUACUUCCAGGUAUAUAUUGCUUGUGAGUUGUGAGUUGUGCGUUUUGUGAAAGAUUCAGCUCAAUAAGGGUCCAAUGGCAAGUUUUUUUGUUUUACAACGCCUUUUAAUGCUAAUGGGGCCCAUUAAUUUGAGAUUUGGGAGUUUCUUAGUAAAAUAAAUAAAAUUUAGUGGAACGAGAAAUUGAUUUAGCGAAUUCGACAAGAAAUAAGUAAAUAAUAAAGAUGAUUGGUUUAGAUGGAGAUAUAAUAUAAAUUUGUAAAUGAGAUUAAAAAAGAAGAGUGAGAUCAUGACAAAAAAAAAUGGUACAAAAUUAUUGGGACCAAUUAAAAUGAAAAUUAAUGUAAACUGAGAGUGACAUUAAGUAUAAGUUUACUUGCUACGUGUCAUUCAUUUAGUAUCAUUUCUUAUUUUGAGUUGUUUCUCUCAUUUCACACAAUUUUUAUUUUUGAAAAUAGAUUUACUACUUUUAUUUUCUUUAUUGAUAACUUUUUAAAUACCUUACCAUUUUAACUCAUUAUAUUUGACUCUUUAAUUUUACUGUCAUUUGUAACUUGUAAGUAAGGCAAACAGUGAUGGAGGGAUUACAAAUCAAUCUCAUUGCUUUUGCUUUAUUCUAAAUUUGAUACAUUAAAAUUAUAGUUGAUUGGUAUUAAAAUAAAUAAAGCUACAUAUAUAUAAAUAAAACUUAAAAUGACAAUAAUAUUACUCCAAGCGUUUCUAAUAAAUUACAACAAUAUAAUUUUACACAUAAAUUAAAAAGAUGGAACCAUUUGUUGAAAUGUAUAUGUAUAAGAAUAAAAAAAAUUAAAAAAAAAAGCGAUAGAAACUUUUCUAUAAAAUAACUUUGUAGCAAAAUAAUAGGGGAGAAAUGAAAGAAUCUCAUUAAAACAGAAGCAUAAUUAUGAAGGAAAGACUUGGAUAAAGGCUGAGUUCAAUUGUAAUAAGGCUAUUUUGUAUUUCUGUUUUAAUUCCCAUGUAUUGCACGCGCUUUAAUAAUUUGGCACGGAGGUAGUUAUGGUUGUUAGGCACCUAAACUAGCCGUUAGAGUCCUAUAUAAAGGGACACCCACAUUUGUAUCAAGAAUUCAGAUUGUUCGAUAAAAUUCCUUCAAGUAAAUUGCCUUGCAAUUUCCUUUGCCUGGGUGGGUUCUUGUGAGUGAAACAAAGGGUGCAUUCGAUUUAUUCCACGAGGAUUAAGAGAGUGAAUCUUAAUCUCAAUGUGAGGAAGAGGCCAAUUGGUUGUUAAAAGCCAAUUUGUUUCUAUCCAAGGCGUAGAACCAUUCAUCAGAAUUGUUCUUGCCACCUUUUGAUUACUCAGAACAGGAGACAUUUGUGUGUGACUUUCCGAUCAAGAUCAGUCUUGAUCUUAAGCUCGGAAGGUUUAAGUGCAUUCUUGGAUCAAUCAUUACUUGCGCGCAUCAACUUGGUAUCAGAGCUGUGUUCUGAGAAGGGACACGAGCAAACGGAGAUAAGGAAAGCCAGGUAACAGAUCAAUCCACACGUUCUGGUAAAAGUGAUCAGAGAAUCAGGUAUUGUGCAAUUUUGUUUCAAUUUUGCAAACACAGGUACGAAUUCAAUCUUUCUUUGUUAAUAACUCGUUUAUGAUUAAGGAAUACAGAUUAUAUCUUGUCAUUGUACGAAUUUGAUUGUGGGAUAAGAAUUUCUGAAAAUCUGUUUAUCGUAUUGAUGAAUGUGCAUUAAUUUGUUUUCUGAUAAUUCAUUUCUGAAGUCAUUAUACAUAUCAAAUUUUAUCAAUUAAUUCAUUAAACUCAAUUAUUGAAUGUCUUGAAUGUAAUGCCUGAUAGGAAUUUGACGAUAUUUGUGUUUUAAACAAUCGAACAAUACGUUUUCGCUGAGAAAAUUGAUAUAUACAAUUUUGAUUCGUGUAUUUCAAUUCCUGAUUGUUGUGAAUGUGAUAUUUGAUUGGAAUUGAUAGAUUUUGUUUGUGAACAAUUGGACAUUAUGUUUGCCCUGAGAAAAUUGAUGAUAAUAAUCUGAUUCAAGAAAUUUAUUCUGAAAAAUUAGGGUUUUGUAUUUGUGCGUUUGUUUUUGUUUCUGAAAGAUUCUUGCAUUGUUGUAUUAAGGACAACAUGAACACAGAUGAGAGGUUUGCUGAAAUGGCUCUUGCCAUUCAACAACUUACACACGCUAUGGCUAGACUUGAGGUGAACGAACAGGAAAGAGGAACGCCUGUACACAAUCACGAAAGAAACACAGAGGACAGAACACUUAGGAUAGAUGUUUCUGAGUUUGGGGGAACAUCCCACAACCCUGAGGAUUACUUGGAGUGGAAGCUGGGCUGGAAAGGUACUUUGAAUUCAAAGAAACCUCUGAAGAACAGCAGUAUAAACUAGCUAAGAUCAAAUUAACCAAGCUAGCUGCCAUAUGGCUUGAGAGAGUUCAGAAACAAAGAAGGAGGGAGAACAGGGAGAGGAUUAACACCUGGGCUAAGCUGAAGAAACACCUCAGAAAGAAGUAUGUACCUUCAUCCUAUAGGCAACACCUCUUUGUGCAGUGGAGCACACUUAGACAAGGAAGUAAAACCGUAUCUGAUUACAUUCAAGAGUGGGAAAGACUAUCUGUUCUGUGUGAUGUUAAUGAACCAGAAGAAAUGAAGAUAGAGAAGUUCAUAGGAGACCUGAGAGAGGACUUGAGGGAAAAGCUUGAGGUGAUGCAGCAUUUGACUCUUGACACAGCCUGUAGUAGUGCACUCACUUAUGAAAAAUACUCUAAGAAAAGGAAUACCUAUGCCCAGCCACUUGAGUCUACCCUUCCUAAGCUUAACACAGUAGGUAAUACAGCAAAUGUGGGAAUAGGUACCAGCUCAACUUACAAAAACACUAAUCCAUUAGUACUCAACAGAACCAAGGACAGACCCAACGUACCUAUAAAGGAUGUCAUGUGUUUUAAGUGUCAUGGCCAUAGUCACUAUAGGAAUGAGUGUCCUAAUGCAAGAGCUUUCACUAACAUAGAGUGGACUGAGAUUCACAGUAGGGAGAGGGGACCCAGAGCUAUGUUAGUAGCCAGGGAUAGAGAGGAGAAGGUUAUACUCCCACCCACACCCACAGAUGAACCAGAAGGUUCCUACAUCCUGACCAAUCUGGGCACCCUUCAAAGAACUGAACCAGGGAAUACGGAGGGCAGUGAGUCAGAGGAAGAGAGCAGAGAGCAGAGAGCAGUUAUACCCUGAAGAAGGCAACUACCAUUUGCUUGUAAGAAAAAACUUCCAUACCACACCAAGGGGAAAGAAAACUGAUCAAAGGGAAAGAAUAUUCCAGACCAAAUGCAGGGUUCAGGAUAGAGUGUGUGACCUUAUAAUUGAUGGGGGUAGCAAGACCAACUGUGUGAGCCAUCAGUUAGUGCAGGACCUGAAAAUGAACACUCAAGACCACCCUAAUUCAUAUAAGUUACGAUGGUUGGACAGUAAGGCUGAGGGCUUUGUAAGGAAGCAAUGCUUACUCAACUUUUUCAUAGGAUCCUACAAUGAUGAGAUGCUUUGUGAUGUCUUAGAUAUGAAUGCGUGUCACAUACUUUUGGGAAGACCGUGGCAGCAUGACAAACAUUCAGUACAUGACGGGUUUACCAACAUCUAUACCAUCAACCAUAGGGGGAAACUGAAAGACCUUAUACCCCUACCUCCAUAUAAGAUCAUUUCCACUCCUUGAAAACAGAAGAAAGCAAGCUAUAUCCUGAACAAGAGAGACUGUUACAACGGAGUACAGAAUGGGAGAGAAUGUGUGCUUCAAUUCACCAAGAAAAUUAGUGAGGAUCAGGACCAACAUCAUCCCAAAGCCUUGGAGUUAUUAGAGACCAAAGCAUUAGCUCCUGAGUUGAUUAAACCCUUGAAUGUGGAAGAUGUUGAAUUAAACCUGGAAAGUCCAUAUUCUCCCUUUGAGAGUAUAUGUGGAGUGAAUCCUUUAAUGACCACUUCACUAGCUGACAUUCCUUCUCAUUGCAGGUAUCAUACAGAUGGUAAACAACAGGCUGUAAGGAUGCUGCAACUACAGGAAAAAUCAAAAUAAAUAUCAUCAAAGGAAAGGAACGAUACAGUGCCAAAACAAACGAAGACAGCAAGCAUAAGGGAUUUAAAGAAGGAAACAUAGUGUGGAUACAUUUGAAUCUCCUGGAUAUCUAUGGGGUCUCUGAGGCUUUCAAUAUUGGUGACUUAAAAAGGCAUGAAGGCACCACAAAAUUGGGGAAAAUUCUGCUUGAAGAAGGAGGGGAUGAUCCAAUUAUGGGCAACCUACAAUCCAAUAACAAACAAGAAGAACAUAAUUGGAUUAAUAUACUUGCUAAGCCUACUAAGCCUAAUGAACUUGCUGACUUUCGUUGGAGGAUUAAGGAAGAUCACCUUCAAAAUGGACUAAACAUCAACAUAGAAGCAUGGCAAGAUCAAGAAGGAUCAAAGGGAAGCCUCCCAACAGCAGCCAGAUAGAACAGAAGACUGAAUCAAAGCCCACAAACAACAGAACAAACAGAGCAACAGACUGCCUGCCAGCCCACCUUGCGAGCCAUUGAGAGCCCAACCCGGUGCAUGAAUGAACGUGGAAAUUCAGAGGAAGGCAUCUUUAUACAUGGACCAAGAAGCCCAGACCCAAGGACGAUGCUGAUAACCCUCACAGAACCCACGAGAACAGCUGCAAGGUCAUGUGCUCACCAGUUUUCUGAUAAAGGCUGAGUUCAAUGGUAAUAAGGCUAUUUUGCAUUUCUGUUUAAAUUUCCAUGUAUUACACACGCUUUAAUAAUUUGGCACGGAGGUAGUUAUGGUUGUUAGGCACCUAAACUAGCCGUUAGAGUCCUAUAUAAAGGGACACCCAUAUUUGUAUCAAGAAUUCAGAUUGUUCAAUAAAAUUCCUUCAAGUAAAUUGCCUUGAACCAUUCAUCAGAA